AGGGGGGAAGGAGAGAGUCUUCCCAGUCAGUCUCAAUGUGUCUCAGCCUACACAAUCUCCCGGUGCAACCUCAGUAUGUUGGAUAAGCUGUGAGAGUGAGCUCUACCUCCAAACCACUCCACUGCUUGAGGAAAAACCACCAACUGGGUCGUCAUGGAGGAGGCUGACCUGCUGAAGGAGCGGCUCCAGGCAAUCACGGACAAAAGACGAAUCCAGGAAGACAUCGCCAAGAAAAGGAGGCAGAUCGAAGAGGAGAAAUUAAAGCUCCAGUAUAUAAAGAAGAAAGCCCUGAGGGAGCAAUGGCUGAUGGACGGCCUGAGUCAGCAGUCGGAGGAGGAGCAGGAGGCCAUGAGGCUUCAGGCUCGAGACGAGCAGCAGCAGAGCGAUCAGCUGCAGAGCAACAUCCUCAGAAUAGAGAAAGAGGUGGAAGAGUUGGAAACACAAGAACUCAACAUCUCUGCCAAAGAGGAGGUGGUGCUGAAGCGCUUGAAAGAAGUGGAGAGGACGGCUGAGGACAUCAUCAAGAAAGCUACCUUGGUGAAUACAGAGGCAGAUGAAAAAGAGCUGAAAGAAGGCAGCAGCACAACUGAGAGUCACAGCUUCAUCUCUGUCACCAUGGAAACCAUUGAACAAUCAAAGUUGGUGAUGGACUGUGAAGUGGAGGUCGUGGCUGAUUCACCUGAGUGCAGGAAAAAUAACAAUGAUGAGCUAGUAUGGUUAGAGAAAGACGUAUCAGCUCCCCAGGGGGAGGCGGGUAGCUCUUCAUCAACCGACAUGAGUGAGAUUGACAAGCGUGACAGCUCUGAGACCAGCGUUUGCUCUGAGACGCCUCCUCAGGAUCAAAAAGAAGCUUUGAUAACAGAACAAGGACGUGAAGAGCUCAACAGGAAUGAAUCAGUCACGUCUUCAGUGUCUGAUACCCCCUCCAGUGUUGACAGCGUAUAUGAGAACGAGGCCCACCGAAAGAGACGGGAAACACCAGAACAGGAUCCUGAGCAUGGACCUGAACCAGAACAGGAUCCUGAGCAUGGACCUGAACCAGAACAGGAUCCUGAGCAUGGACCUGAACCAGAACAGGAUCUUGAGCAUGGACCUGAACCAGAACAGGAUCUUGAGCAUGGACCUGAAUCAGAACAGGAUGCUGAACCCAGAAAGGACCUAGAACCAGAACCUUAUCCAGAGCCCAAAGAAGAUUAUGAGACGGAGCACUACCCUAGCCCAGAGGAAGAACCUGAACCAGAACACAAGAACAGCUUUGGAAUGGAACAUUACUCUGACCCAGAGCAAGACCCUGAACUGGAGCAAUACUCUGAGCCAGACCCCGAUCUAGAGUGGUGCAUUGAGCCAGAACCCGAGGCAGGUGACAAUUUCCUCAAUCCGGAAGAAGAUGCUUAUCAAACUCUAGAAAUGUUUCCAGAUGAAGGCCCCGAGGCCGAUGAAAUCAUGUUUGAACCUCCUUUUAAAGAGGAGUCGAUAUUGGAGCAGUGCAUCAGAGAGGAAGUAAUGUCCGAUGUGUCGAACGAGUCCUGCCAUCAGGACCCCAAUGAAAUGGAUGAAUGCCUGAGGGUUGAGAUUGCAGCAACUUUGUCAGAUAGUGAGGCAGAUGAGAAAUGGAGAACAAUAUUCUCCUCCUCUAUAAAUAAAGAAGAUGAUGAUUCGUAUCUGGACAGUCUUCAGCUGAGUGCCCAGGACCUCUUUGUACAGAAAGUUGACAUGACAGACUUUGAUGAACAAGACGGCAACAACUUUGAGGAGGUUCGUUUUGAGGUCCCUCAGGUAGAAGAAAUCCUGGAACAACCUGAGGACAUCAUUUCCUUUCCCACACCUCCACAUGAGGUUAAAUACAAUCCUUUAGGUCUUCAAGGUUUAUCCAAAAUUUCUGAAGAUGAGAGUGAAAAUUGCAGAGAUGCUAAUUACAACCACCAACAGAACAUCAACGCUGAUCCAGCCAAGAAGCUGCCUAAAGACUUCUGUGUUAUACAGGAGACAAAGAGCGAGAAUGUCAGUACAGAGCAUGUGGACUUCCAGCUGGCUCGUAAACAGUGGAGAGAAAUGGAAGAACAAAUGAAAAACAAGAUUAUCAUACCAACAACCAAGCAGCCGAGUUUCCGUGGCAGCCACAGCUUCAUGUACACACCAGUUCGUAACAUUGACAGGACGCACAAGAAAGCACACGAUCUAGAGAGUUUAAAUCUGGUUGGAGAUUACCCUCACACCCAGUUCAGCCCUUGCUCGGAGGAUUCUGGGCUGGAUGACUCCAGUUACAGGUCCCCAAACGAUGACCUAGAAACACCCAUCGAAAGGGAGAUCCGUAUAUCAAUGGAAAGGGAGGAAAUCUUCAAAAGAGAGAGGGGGCUCUCCAGAAUGGGCAAAUCCACUGACUGUGCUCCAUCACGAAGUAUCCCCAGAUCCAUCAGCACUCCACUGACACCAUCAUUUAUUAUCACCUCCUCGCCCAGUAAAGAACCACUGAAACACGAAGUGUCAGCAAACAACGUCAUCAUUCUCGAACCGAGGAAUGACUUUACCUCCAGCCCCAAGCACGGCAAAGACAAGCCACCAACUCGGUCUGGUGAGUGGUGCUCUGAAGACAGCUCUUCCAACCUCAUCAUCCUCGAGACAUCCAACCUGAUUAUUCGCAGUGCCUCGGAUUUCUCUCUCAACAAAGCCUGUGACCAGCCUCAAGAGAAAAUGUUCCUCAACAACCCAUUUUUCAAACUGCGCUCCAGAAGCUCAGUAUCACUGGUGGACGAAGAGAUAAAGAUGGUGAAGAAGAGAGAGGAAGAGCUGAGGAAAGAGAGAGCUAAUCUGUAUGGAAAAGACAGUUUUGGUGCAGAGAAGAUGUCAACCCACAUGGACACUUUGGCGUUUGAUAAUUCAGCUGAUGCACCAGUGAAGUGUAAGUCGUCCCCCUCAUCACCAAUGAAAACAGCCUACAGGAUGGAUCGAUCUGUUUUAUCCUGUGAUCACCGAUUUCCUGAGGCCUACGCUGGAGGAAGACGCAAGAGUGCCAUGGCUCUGCGCUGGGAGGCGGGAGAGUUUACAAAAAAUGACUGAGGUGGUGCAAGUCAACAGUUCAUCAGCUGUCAGUGCUGUUUUCGUCCCAGUUUGAAGCAAUGUUGCUGUUAGUUGUUUCCUGUGGUGGCAUAACCUGAUUUCAGCUUCUGUGAUGCUUACGGAAAAACUGUGGGAAUGUUUGUGCCACAUACGUUUCCACCCGGCCAUUUACAACUGAAACACAGUGU